AUGGCCUUUUGGGUUCUUGGUGCUGGCGGUCCGCCCGACGACAGCCACACAUGGCACCCACAUCACCAAGACAAUCCUUCGUACGACAGUUACAGGGCCAAGGCGUUCCAGCCGCCGUUUGACCAGGAUCAGAUAUAUCACCACCAGAAUGCUAGCAGAUAUAGCCACGACGCCCAUCACUACCACAACGCCAAUGGCCACACCACAAAACAGGCCGCUCCUUCCAUCCACAUUAAAAACCUCGCUUUCCUAGUGAUCCGCGAGCAGCAUCCCGACAGCCCGCCGACGGAAACAUGCGAGAUCCGGUCGGUAGCACCCAACAGCAGCAACGAGAGCAGCUUCACUCAUGCGCCUCCGCCGCGGCGUCCGGCGACCUUGGAGCGCACCGAGUCAGGACACCCAAUUUCGGAUCCAGUGGCCCAUCAAGACGACGAUGAGGACAUGGACCAUGAGGGGUGCUUCCUUGACGACUUGGCCGCCGCCCAGCUCGUGCGCGACCACGUCGCCAGCUUUCAGAGGCGCUGCCCAGACUCGCAAUCCGGCCGCAUCCUCCGCGCCCUCAUCAACCCCAAGAAUGAACGCCAGCGACCCUCAUCCCGGAGUCGGAGUAGACGCCGCCACGGUGACAGCCCGCGCACAGCCGCCUCCUCAACUACGUUCCCCCUCGACAACGACGCCUUGCGCAGCGUCUUCUCCGCCGCUAACGAGCUUUUCUUCGCCAACCGCCUCGCCCGCCGCGUCGCCUGGGACUGGAGCCACCCCGGCAGCGCGCAGUACCAGAGCGCUGUCGUCGGCACCACGGCCCUGCGCCGUUGCGCCCACCUCGGCGGCUGGGAGACGCUGAUUGUGCUCUCGUCGCCUGUGCUGCGUGACACGCGCUACAACCGCCGCCUGCUGCUGUCAACCUUUUUGCACGAAAUGAUUCACAGCUUCCUCUUUGUCACGUGCGGCCGCAAGGCGGGCCGGCAGGGUGGCCACACGGAGGGCUUCCUGCAGAUUGCCAAGGUAAUCGAUGCAUGGGUGGGCAAGGAGUACCUGCGCCUCAGCGACAUGCAGGCGGAUCUGCAGUACUUUGAGGACGGCACCCCGGUACCCGCGACGCCGUGCAUGGGGUACAGACAAAUGAUUCACGAUCAUGGCGGCGGAGGCGGGCAGGAGCCUGCACAACGGGCGGCGGCGACGAUUCCCUCAUGGCAGCUGGACAAUGAGAGAAAUGUUUGGCCGCAGCAUGCAGGCGGCGACGCGGCAGGACACGGCAUGCAUUUGAACGAGCCGGUGAUGCCACCACCGUCACAGUUUCGACAUCCGAAUGACGGCGCGUGGCAGUGGUACGAGAGGGAGGGUUUCGAGACGCGCGACGGACCGGUUCUCGGGAUGCAGUACUAG